AUGGGCUGCGACGAGCACGCCGAGAAGUCCAACGGCCUCUGGUACGUGGGCGUGAUCCUGAGCAUCGUGGGCUCCAUCUGCACCAACAUGGGCGUCAACCUGCAGAAGUUCUCCUUCAUGCGCGAAGCUAAGGGCCGCAGCGUCGUCGACAAGCGCGGCUACUUCCGCCAGCCGCUGUGGGUCAUCGGACUGCUGCUCGUGGUGGGCGGCAGCAUUCUCGACUUUGUGGCUCUCGGCUUCCUCCCGCAGUCUCUAGCGACCCCAGUGGGAGGCUCUACAAUGGUGGCGAACGUUGUCUUCGCGUCGCUAUUUCUCAAGGAAAAGUUUACCAGGUCCGAUGCAAUUGGCACCGCGCUCGUGCUGCUGGGCAUCAUCGUCGUCGCCACCUUCGCCGAGAAGGAGAGCAAGUGCUACACCGUGCACGAGCUCGUAGCGCUCUACCGGGAACCGCUCUUCGCUGUGUACGCAACACUCAUGUGCGUGUCGUGCGUUGUACUCUUCCUGCUAGUGCGCAAGAUGGAGCAAACACUCAGGCAUAAAGGGAGAACCUCGCCAGAGUACAACCGCUUCCGCAAGCUGCAUCCAGUGAGCUACCCCGCCUUGUCCGGGAUCUUUGGCGCGCAGUCCGUGCUAUUCGCCAAAUCCAUGGCGGAGCUCAUGAAGACGACGAUCGAGGGCGACAAUCAGUUCGUGACGUUCGGCGCCUACGCUAUCACGCUCAGCAUGUUCCUGUGCGUCUUCCUGCAGAUCCACUGGCUCGCGCACGGGCUGCAGAAGUUCGACGCCGUCUUCGUCGUGCCCGUGUUCCAGUGCUUCUUCAUCUCCGUCUCCAUCUUCGGCGGUGGCGUGUACUUUAAAGAGUUCGCGCAAAUGUCUCCCCUAGCUCUGGCAAUGUUCACGGUAGGAGCGAUUAUCACGAUCAGCGGCGUGGUUAAGCUCGCGCACCGCGAUAUGCACAAGCUGAGUCCGUUGAGACGGAUGCGAGCGGCGGCAAGCAUGUUGCUCUUUAUCUACCGGUGUCAAAAGGCUCGCAACAUCAAGGCAAACUGGAAUAUGAACCCCAGCCAAAGUGAGACGGCGAAGUUCUUCAAUGAGCACAAUGUGCCGCUCAUAUGCACCAAGAAACUCGCUACUCAACCGGAGCCAAGCGUGUCUCCGCCCUCGUCAAGACUGUUAGGGCAACGCUCGAAAGCCUCUGUGCUACCCGUUGGUCCUGAAGUCACAACCGUCCCCACUACUCCUACGUCUGUAAGCUCAGCAUCCGCAUCCGCGUCUGUAACCCCAGAACCAAUUCCGAUUCCAGCCCCUCCACUGUCUAGCCGAGAAGUGACAGGGGAGAGUGUGUCGUCGUCUGUAGGUAGGAGAAAAGCACGAGGGCCACCCUCGCCGCCAUAA